AUGGAAAUACGCCUCUGGCCAAACCAGGAGUUCCGAAUCGAGGUUAGUGAAACACAAAAGCUGAAAGUGAUGGUUGUGUCUGGCUUAGCAGAAAUCAAGGGCCAGGAGCUUCUCAAUGAAAAGUGGUACGCAUUCAAGGACAUAAAGACAUUUAUAUUCACGUUUUCUGGAUGCAAGCUCAAAGUGGAGGGAGCAUGUGAUCUACAAUAUGUGUCUGGCACGACGAAUGUCCCUUCGAUAUUUGGGAUCGUCAAUUUUUUCUCGAAGAAUGGGUUUGACUAUAGCAAGCUUAGGACAUUCAUGGUGGUAGGAAAUGGAAGAUCAACCCUGUGCUUCACACUGAUCAACUUCUUUGUGCGAAUGGGAAAGAAGGUACUAUUCACAGAGAUAGAUCCAUCGAGGGGAAACAUAUUUCCUGGAGCGCUAAGCACCAUGCACGUAGACACCUUAAUCGACUGUAUUGAAGGUCUCCGUCUGAAGAACCCGUUAUCCUUCUUCUACGGAUCCACAGAGAUAACAAACAUGGAGUUGUAUGAUCUCCAAACAACGAAGCUCCAGGAGGCUAUAAAAUCCAAAAACAUCGAUGAUCUUCAUCUGAUACUUUGUCCGGAGGGUGCAUCUGCGUUUUAUAACACGUUAAUAAAGAGAUUUGAGGUCGAUAGAGUUAUUGUUGUAGGGAAUGAAAGGUUAUACCACACUCUGGACGUGAUAGUGGAAAAGUUGAUGAUCAGUAGAAGCGGUUUUGUUGAAGAAAAGGAAAUAGGAAAGAGCAUAUCCAGAUACUUCAAAGGGGUGAAUAAUGAAUAUACACCAUUUACAUUCAAUGUGAAAUACAAGUGGAGGGUUGUGAGAAUAGGAGAAAUGUAUGUUGCACCUGCUAGUGCUUUGCCACUGGGGAGUGCAAGGAAAGUAGGGUGUGUGGAGGCCUCUGAAGUGGAGAUUUCGGAGAAUUCUGUCUUAGGGAUUUCAGAAGCUAGAGAGAUAGAAGAUGUUGCAGGAUCUCCGGUUCUUGGAUAUGUGGUUGUGAUUGAUACAGGGACAUUCAAAAUAUUAUGUACCCAGCCAAGGCUUCCUAAGUAUGUUUUUUUGAUCCAGGGAGACCUCAAGCAUAUCGAGUACUAG